UACAUAUAAAUUGAAUUCUUGUUUGUCUAAUUUAACAAAACUCUGUAACAUGUGGUGACAAACGAAUGUUUUUGUGUUAUAUUAAAUUAUUUAGACACUAAAAUGGAUAGUAAAUUAGAAUUAAUAUCUGAAGAGUUAGGGAAAGAAGAAAAGCAAUUAGAAUCAAUACAGACAUGGACAUUCAGUGAAACAGUAGGAGCUCUGAGUUUGGUUCUUAUUAUUUAUUUGGCAUUAGUAUUAAAGAUUUUACCUCGGUUAAUGAAAAAUCGACAGGCUUACCAACUCAACCGUUUGCUGUCCAUAUACAAUACGUUACAAGUCGCUUCCUCGAUGUAUAUCGUCAUUCUUUAUGCAAAAUACAUUCUGCAGCAUGGUGUAAUAACGACAAGAUGUCCACGAGGAGAUGAUUUAAAAUUGGUUAUAGUCGACAUUCUACCCUACUUCAUAGCGAAACACAUAGACCUGCUUGACACAAUCUUCUUCAUACUACGCAAGAAGCAGAAUCAGGUGACCUUCCUCCAUGUAUACCACCACAGUGCCAUGGUGACCUGGACCUGGUUCCAUUAUAUGUACCACCCUUGUGACCAUUUCGUGGUAGUGGGUUUGAUUAACAGCUUCGUCCAUGUGAUUAUGUAUACGUACUAUGGCCUGGCUUCGUUGGGCCCGGAAUAUGCGAAAUUUGUAUGGUGGAAGAAACACGUGACGAAAGUUCAACUGAUGCAAUUCGUCUUAGUAAUAUCAAACCUGUAUUACCAACAAAAGUUGACGCCAUGCCCGAUACCAGCUGCAUUCCACUACUUUUGCCUGUUUAGCAUCGGCUCCUUCUUCCUCCUGUUUAUAAACUUUUAUCUCCGAAGCUAUGGGAACAGAAUGAAGAAACGUGAUGUUGCACCAGAAGUUAUAUUAACAGAUGCUAUGGCAUCUAAAUGUAAUUAAAGAAAGCUGAAAUUUGUUUAAACACUAA